AUGCCCUCCAAGGGUUCAAAAGCGUGGCACAUUUGGGUAGCUGCUUCUGACGUGGAUAGAGUGGCACAGGCCCUCUUUGCAUGGCUCAGGCCAGAGACAAAGAAGUGUCACAUGCCGUUUGGUGCCCGGACUCAGUUUGUCUACGACUGGGGGGCGAUUACGAAGGGACACCUCGGUGACCUUGCGCAACCAGGGGGGCAGUGGAAUGGCAUCAUUGGGAAACUCAUCAACACCCAUGACACUACCUCCCAGACCUGCACCUCCCUGGCUCCACUGUUUCCUAUCCAAGGCAUGCUGACCAAGGUCUUCAUUCCCAAGUACUGCAAACAGGGAUAUUCCGCAUUUUGGUGUGAAUCUGAACUGGAAUUGGGGCUUGCUCACUCCUUCUGCACGGGGAUCUGUGAUCCGACAUCAUCACUGCUCAUGGAAUUCAUUCUUGGUCGGUGA